AUGCCCGCCAGGUCGCCCCAAUUGCUCCGAAAAAAAAAAAGGCGCCGGCGCAAGAAACGAGGGUAUUUUCCUCAACCUCACGAAUUUCAACCGGAACGCUUUUCGCCCGAGCGUAAAAAAUUGAUAACUCCCUACACGUAUAUGCCUUUCGGAUUGGGUCCUCAUGCCUGCAUUGGUGAACGUUUUACUAUGCUACAAGCAAAAAUUGGUUUAUUAAAUUUCUUACGCAAUCAUCGAGUGACAUUGGGAGAGAAAAGUGUAAAAAGUAUUAAAUUCGAUCCAAAGGCCAUAAUCCUUCAACCCGAAGGUGGUAUACAUUUAAAUGUUAUACGAGACCCUUUAAAGUAUUAAACGAAGAAAGUUGUUGUUAAUCACCUUGACGUAGAUACGCAGUGGCCCUGACAUGUGAACUACGUUUACAAUUUCCCUAAAAACCUAAAUACUUCCUAUAUUUACAUAUAAGGCACACUUUAAAUUACGAAUUCAACUUUGAUUAGGGUUUUUAUUUCCUUUCCUUACUUAUACCGAUGGUGGAAUAUCAGUGCAUUAUUGUUAAGUUAUAAGCUCUCCUUGUUAGCUAAUCGUUAUUUAAGCUUAAAAGAAAUAAUGCUUGGUUUAUUCAUAUCGCGUUCUGCCGAAAUUUAACCAAUAGCUUCAAUAAAACUUCGACCCAUAUGCCCAUACACUCUAUUCAGAUUUUCUUUGAAACAAUAUCAGCGUCCAUCAUGAAGCCAAAAACAAGUAAGAACAUUAUAGUCGAGCGAAAGCUAAUCUUUAGAUACCCUACCUCACUUCAUCUAAUACAGUUAUCCAUUAUUGUCGUGAUAACACAGUAAGGAUUAUACGUUAAUUUCAUGAAAAGUCAUAUUUUUCAUCAAAACCUGAGUAUUGGCGGAUGCCGAAAACGUGGCCAAAACGUCAUCUGACGCAAUAAGUAUAAGGACUUGCUUUUCAAAUUUUUUUAAAACCCAGUUUUUAUUAUACCAGCUUUUAUUAUAAGCUUGCCUUUACGUUUGUCUCUCUGAUGUCUGUCCUUGUGUGCUUGGGUUCCACCUACAGAUCACAGUUAUUAGUUACACCGAUGUAUUUUGGCCUGAAGAUGGCCCCUAUUGGAAAUGGAUUGCAUCGUGCCACCUUUUUGGCCACCAUAUGUAUCCUUACCUUGAAAUAAAAAUCACAGAGGUAGCUUUUUAUUUUAAUCAGUUGAAAGUACCUAUUUUUAAAAAAUUAUAUUAACA